AUGGUUGGCGUGUGGUUAUUGGCCUUGUAUGGCCUGCCACUUUACAUUGCCAUCAAGAGCAUCUAUCGCUUAUACUUCCACCCGCUGAGAAAGAUCCCAGGACCUAAACUUGCAGCCAUCACCGGUGCUUACGAAUUCUACUUCAAUGUCAUUAAGCGAGGAAUGUUCAUUUGGGAAAUGGAGCGCCUCCAUGAAAUAUACGGGCCCAUAAUACGCGUUACUCCAAACGAAGUCCACAUCAAAGACUCGAACUACUACGAUGAGAUCUACGCCUCGAAUAAGCGCAGGCGUGAGAAAGUCCCAGAGAGAGUGGCUCAGUUCGACCUCGACGGUACAGGAUUCUCCAGCAUCUCACCAGAGGACCACCGGAAGCGUCGCGCACAGGUGGAAAAGUACUUUUCCAAGACGUCGGUCACUAACAUAGAGCAUGUGAUAUAUGAAAGUAUCGACAAACUUGAUGAGCACUUCCAACGUUCUUUCAAGAACCAUUCAGUUGUUGGUAUUGAUGCCGGCUUCGCGGGUCUGACUUCCGACAUCAUUCACAACUAUGUCUACGGCUUCAACAGCGGGAAUCUGGACCACGAAAACUUCAAUGAAAACGUCAGAGAUGGAAUCAAUGGACUGUUCAAGCUUGCUCACCUCCUAUUCCACAUUCCAAUUCUUCAGAAUGUCAUGAAGUUGCUUCCAUUGUGGGUUCUGGAGAAAUGCAACCCGUACGCCUACGCUCUGGAAAGCCAAAAGGCGGAUCUUCUCGAUCGAACAAAGAGAUUCCUACAGGGUCAAUCCUCUGAACUCAAGAAUAGGCCUAUCAUGGAGAUUCUCAGUACCUCCAAAAUGCCUGAGGAAAUGCGUGGAGCUGCUCGUCUCAACAAUGAGGGUUUUGCCAUGAUCAUCGGUGGAACUGAGACAACUGCUCGAUCUUUGGCCAUUGCUGCAUUCAGACUGAUGACGAAUGAUUCGAUCAAAAACAAACUGCGUGAGGAAUUGCGUACCGUCAUGCCUGCGCCUGACUCUCGUCCGACUUGGAAUCAGCUUGAAAAGUUGCCUUAUAUGUCUGCGGUCGUUUGGGAGACACUUCGUGUCUCGACUGGUAUCGCCAAUCGAUCACCUCGUGUUGCGCCUAAUGAGGCAUUGGUAUACAAGGGAUACACCAUUCCUCCUGGUACCCCGGUCAGCGAAACGAACUAUUUUGUUCUUACAGAUCCAGAGAUCUUCCCUGAUCCACACACCUUCGAUCCAGACCGGUGGCUGCGUGCUGCAGCAAAGGGACAGCGCUUGGAUAAGUAUAUGGUCAACUUUUCGAAAGGAACUAGGAUAUGCGUUGGCAUGAAUCUGGCGUAUGCCGAGUUGUUCCUCGUGCUGGCGGCAUUCGUUCGCCGGUAUGAUAUGGAGCUUUUCGAAACAACCGAGAAGGACAUUGCAUUUGCGCGUGACUUUGGUACCCCGUAUCCUGAUGAGGGUAAUCUUUGUGUGCGGGCUAUGGUCACGAAGGUGAUUGAGGAUUGA